AUGGCCGAGAACGCGACUGAGACGUCUCCUCUGAUACAAGCCGCUCCAGAUUCUCCUUCAGGGACUCGUCCAAAGGCCGCGCGCACAGUCACGUUCAAUCCGAACCCUGUGACCAGGACAAUUGAACCUGUACCACCUCGACCUCGGACCUCGCAUCAUGGCGUCAUUGCGAGCUCGAGCACUGGGGCGUUGCCUGGAUCUUCUAGUACCGCAAUGGCAACGGGGAGCUUGGCUGGCAGCGGCCCUCCCAUGCUCUCGGCCCUCAACAGCAGGCUGCGUCGUCGCAACAGCCACGGCUCCGUACCGCAGGCCCUUCCUCCUCUUCCCGCGCCCAAGAUCGGACCGCAGCGGAGCUCCAAGAACGCGCAGAAGCUCAAGCUCCUACCGAAUCCGGAGCUGGACAACGAAAUCGACGAAGAGAGCGGCCGAGAUGUCUACAGUCAAUACACCCGGAUCAAGGACCCGACUGCCAGGAGAGAUGCUGCGAGGCUGGGCAAGGCGGACCGAGAUAGGCUGCCACGAGUGACUGCGUAUUGCACGGCAAACAGAUACCAGAUGGAUGCAUUGAUGCGAUUCUUCAAGGGACGGGGCAAGACGAGGGGCGCAAAUGCCAAACUCAUCGACGAGUGCAUAUAUACACCGUACAACUAUGCCGCCAAGCAGGCGGAGACCACAAGGCCCGAAGAGUUGUUAGAGGUGCAUUCGAGGCCUGUUCAGCUGUAUGAGCGGCGACACUCAACGGGCGAGGUUGACAAUUCGAGUUUCAACCGCGAGAAUCUCAUCGACAUGGUCCAAGGGGGUGAAGACCACGGCCUUCACCAUGACGGCUACCACCCGGAAACGAGUGACCACCAGGCGGAUCUGCUCGGCCGGGUUGUCGGGGAUGAUAGUGCCCUCUCCGAACGACCUGCUGAUUUCGAUAUACACAUACACACUCCAGAGGUGUUCAUGUUCGACUACGGCGUGGUGGUCAUCUGGGGCAUGUCACUCGCCCACGAGGAACGCUUCUUGAAAGAGAUCGCCAAGUUCGAAACCGAAAAGCUUGCCGCUGACGACGUGGAGACGGAAUAUUUUAACUUUUACUACACCAGAGAGUACCAGCCCCGGAUAUACAAUGAUUUCAUCACGCUUCGGGACAAGAAUAACUAUAUGACAAAACUGGCCAUCUCCCAUGCCCUCGCUCAGAGUGUCAAGACGUCGCUCUUUGAGGAGCUGAUCGCCUCGACGAUUGAUACUUGCAAGGAUAUCCCCACGCAGAUCGCACUGACCGGCAAGAUCGCUCUGAGCCGCACCCAAAUCAACAUGCAGAUUGGAGAGCUCUUUAUCCUGCGUAUCAAUAUCCAUCUGAACGGCUCCGUACUUGACACACCUGAGCUUUUCUGGGUCGAGCCACAGCUCGAGCCCGUCUACCAGGCCGUCCGGAGUUAUCUAGAAAUGGACCAGCGAGUAGGUCUGCUGACAGAGAGACUCGAUGUCAUCGCCGACCUGCUUGCUGUGCUCAAGGACCAGCUGAGUCAUGGCCAUGGCGAGAAGCUGGAGUGGAUUGUCAUCAUCCUCAUUGCGGCCGAAAUCGUCGUCGCCAUUGUAAACAUCAUUGUUGAUUUGUAUGUCGGCGUCGACUGA